CCACUCUCAUUUCUCGUGAGGAAAGCCGAAGGGGUAUAGAUUGUGGGAGAAAAACCGAUGCCUCAUCAAUCUCCAAAGAGGGAGCUAUCCCCAGAUGGCGUCGAGUACAAUUCACCCAACAAGAGGCCAAGGACCAACACUUACCAAACACAACAAGAGGCCAAGGUCAAGAAGAUCAAGAACGAUUUCAAAAUGUUCGUCACAGAAAAAAUAGAAGCCGCUAAGACAAUGGGUGUAGUGGUUUCUGGUUCUUCUCCCGCACAUACAUCGUCAAGUAAUAAUUUAGUUCCAGGGACUACCCCCGAAUCCACGCCAAAAAAUGACAAUCAAAAAACGUCUCACGAAUCCACCACAUCAACCGUUAAUUCAGUGGGAAAAUCAGGAGCUAGUGCUGGAGAAGUCACCGAUGCACCAGAUGAUCCACAAACUCCUAUUCAGACAACUGGUAGUCGUCAAUUACCAACGACGCCACUCUCCAUUAAGUCAAGCACUGGUAGCAUACCACACGUUGAUUCACCUGGUAAAAGUACGAGACUACAACUGUUUGAGGCAGAGUCAGGCGUCAAAAUGGAUCUUAGGUUGGGCUAUGGAGAUUAUGUUGUGUCAAUCCAGAAGAGGAGCAUUAUUUCAAGUUCAACUUAUGAGAAUAGAAAGGAAGACGCAAAUCAAUUGCCUCAAAACCCUGGCAUGCAGUUUCUUCCAUCUGAGAUGCUUUCUAACAUGAUAGAGAAGGCCGGAGAGCAAAUGUUCGCUAGGUACCUAGAAUGGCUUCGGGAUCAUCAUAUGUUAGGAAAGUCCUCUGUACCCAGAAUUGAUUAUUCUGACCAGUGACUUCCCUACGUUAUUUUCUUUGAUACAAUUUAAGUCAAUAAGUCUGGUGAUUUUUAUGUUAUUUUAUUUUAUAAAAAUUAAUUUUUUUAUCUCGAUAAUUAAUAUUAAUAUUUAUUAUCGGCUCUUAUUGUAUUGAUUAUCGAGAUACAAUUUUAAUUUUUAUUAAAAAAAUAACACUAAAAACACUAAGUCGUGUCUUAUUUUUGUUGUGUUUUCCCUAUUUAGUUGACUUUUGCUUCUGCUAUGUUUCCAUGAAUGCUAGCUUUGGCAAGAACCAAGAAGUAUCUUCCUUCUAAUCCUCUUCUAUUGUAUCAUUAUUACUGGGAUAGUAGGUUGUUUCUCCACUCCCUGGGUGGAGAUCGUAGAUGUAGGUUGUUGUUGUAAUAAAUAUGCAUGGUGUGUUGUACCAAAAACAAAGUAAGAUGCUUCUGUACGUUCUGUUGCUUUAAAUUCAUUGAAAUAAAUUAAAGUGGGGUUUAGUUCA